UGGUUGCAGUUAUUCACCUCCUCUCACUGCUCAGCAUCCACACAUACACACACCCACCCAGCCUGCUGGUUUCCAACUCUGCUGUGAAUGGACAGAAAAGGUGCGCAGCCCCCCGGCAUCUCUCCCUCUCCAGAGAUUUCCAUGGCCUCGUCCAAUUUACCAAAAGGAAAACAAACGACAAGCUCACCUUCCCAGGACAACAAUGAGGCAUCAGCCGAGCCUGAUGCACCAGACUAUGAUGUCUCCCCUCCUCCACAGAUUACUGCAGCCUCGUCUAAUUUACUUGACGCAAACCAGACACCACAUGCGCCGCCCCAGGAGAAUGCUGAGAUGCCGCUCAAGGCCAAGGGAGCUGUUGGUAAGUCCAGUGAACACAAGAAGAAAACCCAAUUCCUUAAGAAAUCUAAGCGUUCUGAGGGUCCUGACACUCUUUCAGAGGAUAGCAAAUCAUCCAGAGCUGUUAGAGAUUCCAGUUGCACAGCAAAAGCUGAACAAAUGGCAAAAUCUUUGAAGGGUCCUGAAGAAGCUUCUCCAAAAUCUAAAAAGAAGACUGCACAACAGAAAAUGACGCAAUUUGUACAACUCUUCAAACCCAAACCAACUCCUGACACAUUGCCAGAGGAUAAUGAAAUGUCGGGAGCUGUUGGGGGCUCUACUGGCACAGCAACAGUCGAACAAACUUCGAAGGCCUCUGGUAGUUCUGAAGUGGCCUCCCCCACAGUGAAGCCCAAGAAAAAAAGACAAGUGCCCUUGGAUUUCAAACAGAAACUAAAGCAGAAUUGCCUGGCAGAAGCUAGCCAGCAGCUUUUGGAACAAGAAGACGGCCUCUUCAGAUCAGAGUCAGCAAAGGUGGUUCGCACAGAAGAUGAGGAAAAACUGAAGAUGGACUAUGAGACCCUGGAGUCGCGUAUAUGGAUGGUGGUCCGCAAGUCCCUCAACGGCAUGAAUCAGGAAACUCUGGAAAGUGCUGUCACUGCUAUACUUCAGGAGGAGGAACAAGACCAGCGCUGGAAGGAGGCAGCUGGAAAGGGAUGUCCGAGCUGGAGGCCUAUGAAGUACCGAGAGAUGCAUGACAUGCUGCUUCAGAAAGUGGUAAAAAACCGGAUGCAGCAGGUAGAUGAGGAGGAACAUGGGCCAGAAACGCUGAAGAGAGAGGUCUGCCAAAUGAGCAACCUUAUUCAGAAUGACAUGUUUCAAGUGGUCACAAAUGUGCAGGGAUGUUACCCACCAGAGUUUGACAUAUGUAAUGUGUAUGCUCAGCUGUACCAUCAAGUUUUUUCUGCAAAACUCAGGCAACUGCCUCGGCACAACAUCCCCAUAGAGGAAUGCAUCUUCAUACUGAAACAAGUUAGCAAUUAUUCAAACAACGUGUUACAUCAUGAAAAACUGGAGUCACACAUCGACAGUGAAGCUCUAGAACCUUUGUUACCUGCAGAAGAUCUUAAGUUGUUGGAGGAGCAGUAUCUAUCAUACAAAGAGAACAAAGUCAACACUUGGUUGUCCAAUAUUCUUAAAUUAGAAGAGGAAAGUGGGAAGAUGAAUAAAACAACUGAAAACACUGAUAGACACCUUUGCAGUCCUGCCCUGGAUGUUAAACAGAUUGUCGAUGAAGCCAUGAAAGAGGCCAUGGUUCUUUUGAGUAACAGGGAUAAAGCUCAGAGGAUUCUGUAUCUACUGCCCAACUUUCUGACAGGUUACAAGAAAUCCAUAGAAGAGCUUCUCAAAAAUCAGCAAAACAUCACUGAAAUCCUGAAAGCUCAUCUGUUUGGCAUCAAGGAACUAAGGGAUUACAUUGAGGAAAGAGAUAAUCUACCAGAUGACGUUAAAGCAGCUUGGCUGUCCACUGCAGCAGACAUCAGAGACUCCUGCCACAAAUACUUUCUCAGCUGCAUACACAAUAAUCUUAAGGUGACUUACAGUAAGUUGUGGACUCCAGACUGGAUUUUACAGCAUCAUGAGAUUAUUCAGGAGCUAGAGGAUCAACUGAAUCAAAAUAUACGUCCUCUUAAGGACCUAAACUCUGCCUGUCUGCAGGAGCUGUUGAGUCAGCUGCAUUUUGAGGUCAUGAUUGAAUAUGUGAGGAGGAUGCUGAAGAGGAAACUGAAACUAAAAAACAAGGAUGAGCAGGAGACAGCUGCAGGCUUUCUGUGUGAGGACAGCUUCAGAAUCAACACACUGUUUAUUGAAAAUGGAUCAGACAAGCGGUGGCUAUGUGAAAUCCUGCCCAAGGUUUCAGAAGUGCUGAAAGAGCAGGAUUCAGACACCCUUGAACUGGAGAUAUGUGCACUGCUGAAAGACCACCCUGACCUCACUGAACAGCAAGUCCAUUCAAUCUUGCAGCUGAGGAGCAACAUCUCCUGUGCAGAUAAGCGCAUGAUCAAAGAGUGUUACCAUCAAUCUAAGACCAAUAUAAACAACUCAGACCCCGCUCCACCUUUUUUCUGCAGAGUGCCCCAGAGCUGUUCAUUAAACGUCUAUUCCUGUUUCUGUAUAUGCCCUUUCUCUGAUAUGAAUGGAAAACUCCAAUGUAAAAACAGCUGCCAUUCAGUUGGUGCAUCCAGUCCAGUGUAAAGUUAAAAAAAAAAAAAUGUCACAACCCCAUAAAAUAAGGUAAAUGGCAAAAAGGCCUAAAAAUACAUUAUGAAAUGUGAAGUAAAAGAAGACAUUUAAACACUGAAUGUUCUUGCAUCAAAUGCAUUUUUACCAUAUAAAUAAAAUAGACUACAUCAAUAUAAUUUUGAAGGCCUGUGCAGCACCACAAUAACAGCAUACAGUGUUGGCAUAUCGCCACUGUGAGUGUAACAA